AUGCGUAAUAACACCUGCCAUCUGCCAAAUGGUCUCACGUUCACUGUGUCCCCCGUCUUUGGUGGGGUCACCUUCAAAUCCAACGAUUUGAACCUCCAUAACUCCACUUUUCCGCCAGGCUGGACGAUCAUCAUCCACAGCGAAAAGCUUCCAAAAGAUGAAGAUGUAACAGCAAAACUUGAGUCGGAGAGUCGCAUGGCAUACAGCGAUGAUGCGAACAUCACUCGCUUCACCACCCCCACAUUACGUCGGGAUUGUCUCUAUAUCUCAUACAUAGUUAACCCGCCAUCAAGCGAAUUCAAGUCAGCCUCAUCUCCUACAAGACAUAUCGCUAUGAUGCUCUGGGCGACUUUAUGGUGGUACUUCCAUGAGCCCGAGCCAGACCUGCACCUUGAAACAGCGGCGUGCGGUGCGACCCCGCAUGACGGACGCCCCAAGGGUGAAUGGCGAGUUAAUAUCAGACGAGAGGGUAUAUUCAAGGGCCGAAAUCUUCUUCAAAAGCUAGAGCGCAUGGGCUUAAUUUCAAGCGAAGAUUCUUCUGUCGGGCUACAGCCAAUAGAAACACGCGACUCAAGUGGCUGGUCAAACAUGUAUGUCAGUCGCCGGAGCUUCUGGCAGUUGGAUCCUCGUUUGUUCCUCUUCACGCUUACACCGCGAGGAGCUUCCGCGUCGCCUUCUAUUACCCCCUUUCAGUCUCGCCCGGCCUCACCCGCUCGGGAUGGACUACCGGCUUCGAAUACAUUGCCGCCCGGUGAGGUGACCUUCCAUUCCCCCAACGUGGGAUCGUUUACAUCAGCGGGGCCAUUCACAUCAGCGAGCCAUUUGCCAACAUAUUAUCCGCCGGCUCCGACACAAUAUAGGUUUACCAAUGGGGUACGGCAUCCCGUUCGCCCCAAACCGCCUCAUCAAGGCGAAGUUUUCUAUGUACGCUAUAUACCUAGCGUAAAGCAAUACCUCUCUUUCAGAGUCCCAUUUGUCCCCAUGACAAAAUCAAAGUCAACUGCCAGCGGAUUGAUUGAUGGACGGUCCUCUACACCGACUCGCCCCGUCACUUCAUCAGUGACCAGUGUGGAACAGCACCUAUCUCAAGAUAUUCCUUCUGAUCUUGACACGCUGCACAAGUGGAUGAAUGACCCUCGAGUCGAAGCUAUGUGGGGAGUUGGAGGACCCCGAGAAGUGCAAGAGAAGCACCUGUUAAACAAUUUGACAAGUCAGCACAGCUUCCCAGUCAUCGGAUCGUGGGAUGGAAAGCCAUUUGGGUACUUUGAAAUCUACUGGGUGAAAGAGGAUCCAUUGGGUCGUUUAAUGGGCAGGGUGGAAAAUUAUGACCGAGGUAUUCACCUUCUUGUUGGGGAGCAGGAGUUCAGAGGGCCACACCGAGUAGCCAUCUGGUUAACCGCUCUGGUGCAUCAUUGUUUCCUAACAGACAUGAGGACGGAGUCAGUUGUCUUGGAACCUCGAGUCGAUAACAUUAAGCUCAUUAAAUACCUCCAGGAGGCUGGUUUCCACAAGGAGGGAGAAGUCAGCUUCCCACACAAACAGUCAGCUCUGAUGCGGAUUACUAGAGACUCUUGGGAAGCUCCAGCUGUUUGA